AUGGCAAGUGUCCUCUCGGAUCUGACUUCUACCGUGACGUCCGCUCUGUCAAACCUCCCACCUCCAGACAAGAUCCAAGAUGCCGACCGCAUGCAGCUUCUGGGGGUCAUCAACCAACUGCAAUCAGUACUAGAGCCUCCCCAACUGCCUAUCCAACGAUUUUGCUUCUCGCAUUAUGGAAUCGUCGUUAUCCGGAUAGCCCAGGGUAUGGGAAUCUUUGAUGCGUUCAUUAAAUAUCAAGGCAAGGAGAUGUCACUGAAAGAGUUGUCCUCCAACGUCAAAGGCGACGAGAAACUUCUGAGACGUAUCAUGCGUUUUCUGUCCGCUCACCAUAUUUUCAAACAAACGACGAGUGAUUCAUACAAGCCUCUGCAACUGGCAAUGGUAUUCGGCAACGGGUCAGUGCCCGGGGACAUGAUCAAGCACUUCCAUACGAACAUGCAAGUGACUGCGAAGCUCUUUGAUUACUUUGAAUUGAAUGACUACAAGAACCCGGUAGACGCAUAUGAUGCUCCUUUUCAGCUCGCCUACAACACCAAGAGCCAUUACUUUGAAUGGCUGAGUCAAAAUCCCACAAAACAAGAGGUUUUCAACUCAGUGAUGACGCAGAGCCAACAGUAUCGCGGUGCAGACUGGUUCGAAAUUUAUCCGGUACAGGAACAACUGCGGGUUUCCCCAGACCAGGUUUUGCUGGUUGAUAUUGGUGGCGGCGUGGGCCACGAUAUCACGGCGUUUAAGAAGCAUUUCCCAGACCUCCCGGGCAAGCUCGUCCUGCAGGAUCUCCCUCAGGUGAUUGACACCAUCAAGGAACCUCUGCCCGAAGGGAUUACUGCUAUCAGCCACAACAUGUUUGAGCCACAGCCUAUCAGCGGUGCUAGAGCGUACUAUAUGAGAACAGUCUUGCACGAUUUCCCGGAUAGGCAAGCUCUUACCACCCUUGCACAUAUCCGAGAUGCCAUGUCGGAGGACUCUAUUUUGUUCGUUCAUGAGCAUACAGUGUCCGACGAUCUCGAUGUCCCUCCGAUCGCCGCGACACUCGAUAUACAUAUGAUGGAGAUAUUCUCCUCCCUAGAAAGAACCGAGAAGGAAUGGGUCACUCUUUUGGAAAAGGCUGGGUUCAAGGUGGUAAAGGUCUGGAAGGAGGAAUCAGUUGGACAGUCUACUGCUCUGUUCGAGGCUACUCUGCACUGA